AUGUCUGGUAUCGUGGAUGCUGAGUCAUUGGCAGUUGAGGGGGUUAGUCGACUGUCUGACCCUAGUUCAUUUGAAUUGGGUAAUAGAAGGCGGGAAGAAGUGUUGGCCCUUGAUGAGUCCAGUCUGGUGGAUGUGAGUUUCAAAUCCGAUGACCAG